CACUGGACUAACACCACUUUAUUAAGUUUUACACUUUACACUACAAUUUUUUGGAUUUUAAUUGUCGGUAAUCAUGAAACCACUCAGCGCAAUUGUCAUUAGUCUUGGUAUUAUUUUCAUUUCGUCGUGUUCCAGAACAGCUGCAAUGUGUGGGCGAGCCCAUGAUCACCAUCAGCUACAAAGCAAGUAAUUAUCUAUUUUUGCAGAUCACCUCUCGCGUCCAUCAUUGGAUUACAUCAGCGCCUUCUUGUUAUAUUUUUUUAGUGGUGGCUUUCACGUUUUCGACUUUAGCAUCUGGUUUCUUGUAUUCUCAGCAAGUUUAUUAUGUCUCGCAAUGUUGAUUUUAUAAAGUUGUUUUAGAUAUUUGGUACCAGAAAUUCUUGGGAAAAGUCCGCUUUACACGUCCUUGGUCUUGUCCUUUCUAUAUUGACAUGCCGCGUGUCAUUUUGGACAAGGUGCCGGUCAAGCGGGGUCUUACUCUUGCCGGAUUUUUAUUUAUAUUGCUUAUUCGGGAUUGCAUGCAAUACCUAAAACUGCACUUUGUGGAUACAAUUUCUGCAAAUGUGUUAUUUUGCACAUGGGGUGGCUUUCCAUGCAAAACAAAUUAGCCUUUAUUUAUCUCGCUCAAUUUGUGCAUUUAUGCUAUUACCAUGUAUUCCUUUUCUAUAAAUUUU